AUGAAGAAAGUCAGAUUCCAAGAUAACCUUGACUCCCUUGAUUUCUCCAAGAAUUCAGAUCCAGUUAAAAAAAUAAAUAUUUAUUCGAUUGACAAACUAUCUCAGCCACAAAGAGGUGGUCCCCUAUAUCUAAGAAUGGGAAUUAGUGAAAGAGGAUACUUCAAGCACUCUGUGAAUAUCUUAUAAGUAGUAUGCAAAGAGUGCAGCAAUGUCCUUAAAUCCAGAUAAGAUAAAUUUAUCAAGUAGGUGAGAUCUAAAACUGAUCCACACUAGAAACUAGCAAUUUGGAAGACAAUCAUUACCAAGUGCAAGAAAGUUAAGAAAUGCCCUCAUUGCCAAGCACACAACGGCAAUGUAAAGAAAAUGCCUAAUUUCCCAGCAAGAAUAAUUCAUGAUAAAUACAAGAGCUUGAAAGGGACAGAUUAAGAUGAGUUAAUCUAAGACUUUGCCCAUGUUUUCACACUGAACAAUAAUAUCGAAAGCAAGGAUUAAAGACUAAGAUGCCGUAAUUUAUUUAUGGAUUAAAAUCUCUGCAACCCAAUUGAUUUGCUGAUCACUCAUAUUCCUGCUCCUCUAGUUCCCAGUAGACCCUCAAUUGCUGUUUCAUCAAGUACAACAAAUGAAGAUGAUUUAAAUGUCAAGAUGGCUGAAAUUAUCUAACUUAAUAAUUUGAUAAAGAUCAGUAUAGAUGAAGGAAAAGCUCCUAAUAAACUUACUGAAGAUUGGAUUUUAUUGCAAUACACAAAUGCAUAAUAUUUCAAUAGUGAAACACCUGGACUACCUCAUUACUUAUUGGGAAACAAAUAAAUCAGAGCUCUUAGUCAAAGAUUGAAAGGAAAGCAUGGAAAAACUGUCAUCUCUCCAGUUCUUAAUUGUGGAAUUGACAAGGUUAUUAUUCCAAUUUACAUCGCUAAGAAUCUUACUUUCCCAGAAAGAAUGAAUCAAUAUAACAUUGAAAAGCUAAGAAACCUCGUGAGAGUUGUUCCAUAUGUGCAUCCUGAAAACCCAGUCUUCACAGAGACUCAAUUAUAGCUCAUAAAGCUAGAGUAAUGCCUUCAUGAACUCUAAGGUUCAAUGAGUGUAAAUGAAUUCAUGAGAAUAUGCGCUUAUUUCUGGGAUGCUAAUGAGAGAUUUGAGAUUCCUCCUCCAACAAAACAAUAUAUAAGCCUGAAUGAAAUUACACAGGAUAAGGAGAACAAAUGUGUCCAAAUGAUGGUUGGAUCGUUUUCUAAAACUCUGAGCUUAUUUUAGGAUAUUUGUAUAUUUAAUUAUGGAAUGUCAAUCGGAAUCAGCGAUAUUACAUCAUUUGAGGUGCAUAUUCAAGAGAAAUAAAAGAUUUUAGAUGCAGGCUAUGUAAAUUAUGAAAAACUUAUUGAUUAAUAUAAAAAGGGAAAUCUUGUUCUCAAAGCAGGUUGCAAUCCUGAACAGACUUUAGAGUCCUUCUUAAAUGGAGAGCUAAGCAAAAUCAGAGAUAAGGCAGUUGAAAUUUUUAAAAGUAAACUUCCAAAGUAUAACUCUUUUUGA